CCUUCCGUAAAAGGAAAAAAAAUGUACGACGGAAUGACGGACAAAAAUACCCAUUUUUUAUAUAUAUAGAUUUAUUUAUUAAAGUUAAAUUGAGCAAAUUGGCUAUUUCUGGCAAUUUAUUUAAGUGUGUAUCAAACUGGUAGCCCUUCGCAUUAAUCAGUACCCAAGAAGUAGCUCUUGCUUUCAAAAAGGUUGCUGACCCCUGGCAUACGUCGGGAGGAAAGUGGUAGUUUCCGACGGUCUUUGAAGGUAACAAGUCCAUUACGUCUUCGCCCACGCCGAAGCGGAUAAAUGUUUUCUCUACAAAUGUGUAUUGGAAGUGCAGAUUCCAUUAAAAGCUCCUUUUUUUUAAAAAAAAAAAGAAAAAAAAAGGGGGGACUUGCGGCCAGCGUCCAAGGUGAGACGCCUUCACACCUCCGGAGACGUCUGAAGUUUGCAGCGGGGGCCGCAGCAGUGCCAGCCGGCCUUGAUGGCCGCGUCGCCUUCACACUUGGCGGGCCCGCGUCACCUUUGAUCGCGGCCCCCAUUUAAGUGCGGCCCCCGGCAAGCUCAGUUGGCGGGAAUAAGACGGCGAGGGAUCAUGUCUGCGGUCCACGGAAACGCGCCCGUCGGGGAUCUCAACCACUUCCAAAUGUUCCACGAUGGCAGCUUCCAGAUGAGCAACAUGGUCAACCCAGAUUUCAGAGCCACGGAUGUGACCAACUACCUGGCCUCCGCAGCUUCAAUGCCGAGGGUGGAUAAAUGCGUGGCCAUACUGACCCACAGGAGGAAGAGGACCAACUUCACUCAGCAGCAAAUUGAAGUGCUGGAGAAAGUUUACUCUGACACUAAAUAUCCUGACAUCUACUUGAGAGAGAGGCUGGAGGCUCUCACCGGACUACCCGAGUCUAGAAUUCAGGUGUGGUUCCAGAACAGGAGAGCCAAAUCCCGUCGCCAGGUAGGGUCCUCGGCGGCUGCCAAGGCCCCCAACCCGGCCGUAUGUUUCAGCCAGUUCCAAAACAUGAUGGCUGCAGAAAAAGGAGUGUAUGAUAGCCACAGCGCAGAGGUUCACGGACAAGGUGCAUCCAAUUUCGGACUGGAGGACAGCUACAGACCCCCGGUGCACUCAAACGUAGAAGACCCGCACAGGGCGGGUGUGUCAGGCAGACUGAGCGGCCAUUUGUCCUGCAUCUAUGACAAAAACGCCAGUCGGGUGAAGCUGGAACAGAUGCAGUGCCACGAACUGAGCGUCGACGUCCCCGCCAGCAAUGUCCUCCUGUACCCCAAGUCCCAGCAACAGCGUAAAGUCCAAACGGGGAACCCUGCUCCCAAGGCUCUGGUGGAAUAUGACAACUUUCCACCCAACAAGACCAUCGGACCCGAGAUGAAAGUAGUGAUCCCGCCCAUCCCCACGCAGAACACCUUCAGCAGGUCGUCGCCCAAAGGCGCCGGGGGCCAAAUGCAGUACCCUCAAGUGACCGCAGCAGGGGACGCUUUUAGAAACUUCUCCCCGAUCCCUGGAGGGGAGACGCCGGAAUUUUCCGAUUCGGACUCUGAUUGGGAGAAUGAGGCCAUGGCUGGGUUUGGUGGUUUUAUGUAGUGUUCGCAGGAGAUGAUAUACACUUUUAUUUAUUGUAAAAUAGUAAUUGUUUUUGAUGUCAUCUUAUAUGUAAUGUUUUUGUUUUAUUGGAGGCCUGUCUAAAUUGAAAAUAAAUCUAAAUAUGUGGUGGCUAUUUUGAUAUUUCGCUAAUCCAAUGUUGAUAUGCUAAUAAGUUGUAUAAAAAAACAAAAACACUUUUGAUUAUAGCUGACAGAACGUAUUUUCACAGUAGAACAAGUGCAAUAGUAACUUAUGCCAGCUGGUGGCUUUUAGCUCAUUGGCUAGUGCUGCACAAUCACUGGGGAUUUGUGGUCACGGACAUCACACUAAAAGUGUAAGGUGUACAUAGUUUAAUAGUUUAACUUUUCACUGUUCCAGUAAACUUGCAUGGGUUAAGUCUUUGUUACGAUUUUCAACACA